AUGCUGUCGUCCAGCUUGCGACGCCUGGCAUUGGGGCUGGGCUUCCUCUCAGCAUCAUGUCUCGCCGCCGCCCAGAAGAACUACACCCAGGUGGACAUGCUGCGCGCACAGCUCGCCCUGUUAGGCGACAGACCGGGUGACUGUCCUCCAUGCUUCAACUGUCUUCUGCCCGCCUACGAGUGCGGCCAGUUCGCCGACUGCAAUACAUAUAACGGGAAAUGCGACUGCCCAGCGGGUUUCGGCGGAGACGACUGUCUAGAACCAACUUGCGGAUCGCUCUCGCGAGGCAAAGAUAGACCGAUACGAAGCGGCGAUACUUGCGAUUGCGACGAAGGAUGGACUGGCAUCAACUGCAAUGUCUGCACAGAGAACGCUGCUUGCGACGCCCUGAUGGAAACUAAAGAGGGCGGUGUUUGCUAUCAGAAUGGCGAAGUUGUACAGAACAACUACCAGAUGUGCAGUGUCACCAAUGAGAAGAUCCUCUCCAUGCUUGACGGCAAGGUGCCACAGGCGAGCUUCACCUGCCAUAAGGAGACCGGCGUCUGUGAUUUCCAGUUCUGGAUUGACCGGUCUGAGUCCUUCUAUUGCCACCUCCAGAACUGCGAAUCGAGCGCCGAUUUCACGUCAGACCAGAACAGCACCUCCUACAAAUGUCCAGAUGUCGAGUGUAGCUGUAUCGCGGACCGCUUCCUCUGCGGUGCCGACGGAUCUAUCGACUUGACCGACUUCCUCAAGGAGGAGAUUGGAGGUCCAGCCACUUUCGACUGCAUGCAAGAAAAUGGGGGGAUCAAUGCUUGCAAGUUCAAGGAGCCGGCCCUGGACUGGAUGACGCAGAGUAUUUUUGGAGACGAGAGCAUCAAGCUGGAGUGUCGCGCUGGCGAAUGUCUCUACCAUACCGAGGUGCCCGGAUAUCAGCGACCGAUCAAGAAGAUCAACACACCCUUGAUUGCAGGCGUCAUUGCUGGCUGCUCUUUGUUCGUCGUUGCAGUUAUCCUGCUGACCUGGUACCUCUCACGACGGCAAUACAGACACGGGCCCAUCCACUUGGACGAUUCCGAUGAUGAGGCCACAAAGCUCAUGACGGACCACAGACCGGCCACGCUCUACUUUGAGAAUGUCUCCUAUGGACUCAACGGAAAGCCGAUUCUCAACAAUAUCCAGGGAAUUGCGCAUCCUGGAGAAAUAACGGCCAUCAUGGGUGCGUCCGGUGCAGGAAAAACGAGCUUCUUGGAUAUACUUGCCCGCAAGAACAAGCGAGGCCAGACAGCGGGCGAAUUCUACGUAAACGGUGAAAAGGUCACCGAUACCGAAUUCAAGAGCGUAGUCGGGUUUGUUGAUCAGGAAGAUACUAUGCUCCCUACACUUACGGUACAUGAGACCAUACUUACCAGCGCUCUUCUUCGGCUGCCUCGUGGUAUGGGCCGCGUUGUGAAGGAACAACGGGCAUUUGAAGUCGAGAAGCAGCUUGGUAUUUACCAUAUCCGGGAUUCGUUGAUUGGAUCUGAGGAGGGCAAAGGCAGAGGCAUAUCCGGUGGAGAGAAGCGACGUGUGGGCAUUGCCUGCGAACUCGUCACCAGCCCCUCUAUCCUGUUCCUUGAUGAGCCGACCAGCGGUCUUGAUGCCUACAACGCCUUCAACGUCAUCGAGUGCCUCGUCACACUUGCAAAGACGUACAAGCGAACUGUCAUCUUCACCAUCCACCAACCAAGAUCGAACAUCGUUGCCCUAUUUGACCGACUAAUUCUUCUGGCUCAGGGGAAGACGGUGUAUUCCGGACCUUUUUCCCAAUGUCAGGAGUAUUUCGACCAGGUCGGAUAUUCCUGCCCGCCAGGAUUCAAUAUUGCUGAUUACCUGGUCGAUCUCACCAUGCAUGCUGGAAACGCCGGUACUUUCGACGAUGGUAGCAUUGUGCGCGAUGUUGCCAGUCUUGGUCCAAGUAGUACCAGAGGCGUUAAAUCGGUAGCAAGUAUAUCAGGCAACAGCACAGCAGAAGACAGCACUGCCGAGCCAUCGACAAGCCGCCCGAGACACAAGCGCAAGGAUUCCAUCCGGGCACGACAGGAACGAGAGCUCUUCACCAGGCGGAGAACGGACACGGCUGCUUCGUCUGACGCCGAAGAAGAUGUUGGAGGUUACAAACUGCACAAGCAACCGGCUGGAGCUGUGCCGCCCAAGCCGAUCAUCGAGGAUGUCCAUGAUCUCCCUCCGGAUGCUGGGACGAAUCUGGAUGGCCUCGUCCAAUCAUACGUGGACUCUGACAUUGCAGACAAUAUUCGCAACGAGAUCCAGCAAGCUGUUGGUGGUGCCCGAGAAGCAAAUGGUCAGAAUGGCCACGCUGCGGGUGGCGCGAACGGCAACAUUAGCGCGAUUGGUCGUGGCUAUGCGAGAAUCGGUUAUUUGCGACAGUUCGUCAUCCUGUCAGAACGAACGUGGAAGAACCUCUACCGCAACCCGCUCCUGAUGCUGACCCAUUAUGCCAUUGCAAUCCUACUAGCCGUCCUCUCGGGCUAUCUCUUCUAUGGUCUGACGGACGACAUUCCGGGCUUCCAGAACCGACUCGGUCUAUUCUUCUUCCUGCUCGCCCUGUUUGGCUUCAGCACACUGACAAGCUUGAACGUGUUUGCUUCCGAACGGCUUCUAUUCGUUCGCGAGAGAGCCAAUGGGUACUAUUCGCCCAUUACGUACUUUGUCGCCAAGGUUCUCUUCGACAUCAUCCCUCUCAGGAUCAUCCCGCCGAUCCUAAUGGGAGCUAUCAUAUACCCCAUGACGGGUCUCAUACCAGAUGCGCCACACUUCUUUACCUUUAUGCUGAUCCUCGUUCUCUUCAACCUUGCGGCAGCGGCCAUUUGUCUUUUCAUCGGCAUAGUCUGCAAGGAUGGCAGUGUUGCUAACCUGAUUGGGAGCUUGGUCAUGCUUUUCUCUCUGCUGUUUGCUGGUCUGCUGCUCAACCACGACAAGAUACCCGAUGCCGCCAUGUGGUUGCAGUCACUAUCCAUCUUCCACUACGGCUUCGAGGCUCUGAUCGUCAACGAGGUCAUCAAACUGACUCUCGUCGACAAGAAAUAUGGGCUGGACAUUACGGUCCCUGGAGCGGCGAUUCUGAGCUCUUUCGGGUUUGACAACUCGGCGAAGUGGAUGGACGUGGUCAAUCUGGGCAUAUUCGCUGCAGUGUUUGUAGUGUUGGCAUACGGGGCGAUGCAUUUCUUGCUCGUCGAGAGGCGGUAG